GAUAAUGUUCUCUUUAUAGUAUCCUUAUCACACUUCUUCUACUUCUAUAUAUCUGUUCUUGGUGUUUUUUUCUCCAUUUCCAGUUAAGGUUUGAAUGAGUUAAAGAGUACAGAAAGAGUUAUUUUAGUGAUUUACCAUGGUUUUUACUCAAAAAUCUUCUUCAGAACCAGUGACCAUGUCUACCUCAAUAACAACAGAAACUAAAAUACAUGUGCCUAAUUGUAAUCAUAUAUCUCAAGAGACUAUUGCUAAAGGACAGUUUGUUUCAUUAGAAAAAUAUACAUUCAAAGAUUAUGAUGGGAAAGAAAAAACUUGGGAAGUUGCUGGUAGAACAUCAAAGCCAGAUGAUGGGACUCCUGAUUGUGUUGGAUCUUUAGCUGUUUUAAGACGCUUGCUGAAAUAUGACUGUUUAAUCUUGGUAAAGCAGUAUAGGCCAGCACUUAAAAGAUACACAUUAGAAUUACCUGCAGGCUUGGUUGACCCAUUAGAAAAAGCAGAACAGACUGCUAUUAGAGAACUAAAAGAGGAAACUGGAUACACUGGUAGUGUUGUGAAGCAUAUAAGUCCGUUGACAGCUCUAGAUCCUGGUUUGUCUUCUUGCACAAUGAAUGUGGUUACUCUUGAAGUUAAUGGAGAUGCUGUUGAAAAUCAUUAUCCUCAGCAAAGCAACCAUGAUGAAGAUCAAUUAGAUGUCAUACACAUUCCCAUAAAUGAACUUCUGCCAAGACUGAACGAAUACAGCGAACAAGGCUUAAUUAUUGAUUCAAGAGUUUAUUGCUUUGCUAUUGGGCUGACUAUUGGAGCCAAAAAUGCAUGUUAUAAGCAAACAGCUAAUCCUUACUGACACAUGUGUAUUUGUGAUAUCAUUUUCAUUUCAUUUUUAAAAACUCCAUUUGCUGAAAUCAUUUUAUUUUAAUCUCUUUGUCUUUUUUGUGUGUUUGUACUUUAAAGCUUUACAUUAAUCAACAGACUCUUAAGGCUGAACUUAAAAAAAAGGGAUUGUUUUUACUAAGUUUGUGCCUUAUGGUUUUCAAAAUCCACUCAUACUUGUUGUAUUUGUAAAUGCUGCGGUUUAACUUUUCCAAUCUAAUAAUAACAUUUCAAUAAAGAAAUAUAUUUUUCAUUGUAAAGUUGUCAAUACUUUUCCAUAUCAAACUUUUUCUAUUUCUCAUAUUACAAUGUAAAGGUUUUAUUUUUUCUCUUUGUAUGACAAAUUCUUAAUAACAUCAAAAUUCUAGUCAAAUGU